AUGGAGAAUAACCACAUCAGCAGGGUCGCCAUAGUCGGCGCGACAGGAUCUCUCGGCUCAAGCGUGCUCACGGCUCUUCUCGCUCAAUCUGAGCCAUUGUUCUCGGUGACCGUCAUCACUCGCCCCGGCAGCAUCACCCCUUCGAGCCAUAAAUCUUUGGUAAACCAUCCACGCAUCACUAUCAAAGAGGGCUCUUACAGCGACCCUGAGUUCCUAGCAUCAGUACUUGAGGGCCAAGAUGCAGUCGUGCUGACACUCAGCUUCAAUGUCUCCCACGAGCUGCAACCGGACAUCAUCCGCGCUGCUUGCAAGGCCAAGGUUUCGUAUAUCAUCCCCAACGAGUUUGGCUCCGAUACGGGCAAUCCCGCUCUAAUCGAGGCCAUCCCGAUGCAUCAAGCAAAAGUCGACGCGAGGAAGUUGGUUGGUGAACUCGGUGUCGACGAACAUGGCAACCGCACUAGCUCUUGGAUAGGCAUCAUCAACAAUCCGUGGUAUGAUUGGAGUCUUCCUGAUGGGUAUCUCGGCAUCCACCCCAAGACACGCGAAGUUACAUUUUUCGACAAGGGAGAUUUGAGAGUCUACAUGUCGACAAUUGAGCUCUCUGGAAAAGCGACGGCUAGGGUUCUGUCUUUGCCUCUCCAUGCCGACGCGGGAACCCAACGAACAUUACCUUCAUAUGCCAACAAGUUCGUCUACGUCCGAGGCUUUGAAGUGAGCCAGCGGGACAUAUUGGAGUCGGUUCAGCGCGCGACCAAUACCACCGACAAAGACUGGAAAUUCCACUCGUCUUCGGCCAAGGAGCACAUAGACGAUGGUCACAAGAUGCUCGCGCAGGGUAAUAUGGCUGGGAUCAUGAAUUUGAUCUUUGGCAAUACCUUCAUCCCUGGCAUUGGGGCUGACUAUCGAGGUGCACCACUUGAUAACGUGGCUUUGGGGCUCGAUGGCGUUGAGGGUCUGGACAAAGUUACGGCUACUACACUGCAGGUUGCGUUGGGUGCUGGGCUUGAUGCUCUAGGUCUUGCCCAUGAACAGACUUUAGGAGAGAGGGCCAUGAAGCUUCGCUACUCAAUCACUUUGUAG